AUGGCGACACCAACACUAGACCAAUUUCUGUCUGAAAUCAACCGCAUCACACUGCUCAAAGAUUCUGCGCAGUUGUCUUCAUACCUGGUCAUCGAACCUCCCUACGCACCUUCCUACAACACCAUAAUCCACGAACUGCGAAAGGUGUUUCCUAAAGGAGGUGCUGAUGUUGAUUCCACACUGGAAAAGAAAAUCAUCAAGGCUGUGAAAGUUAUUGAGGGAGGAGAUGAUCCAGAAGUGGCUAGUUGGAGUGCGUUUAGCAGGUUUAUGGUGUUGUAUUUUGGGUUUUUGAGGGAUGUGGAUGUGGGAAAUUUGUUGGAGACUUUUGGGUUGUUGAGUGAAGUCUUGCAGUAA